AUGACCCAGCGCUUGGAUGUGGACAGGCACGGAGUGCCCCAGUUCAGUGGCGACCCGGAGCUCUACGAUGAGUAUGAGGAGAGAGCUUGGGACCUUUGGCAUGGUCGAGAUGGGCAGCCCGCCUUGCAGGCGGUAACCGCAGUGCAUCUGCGGGCUGGCUUGAGUGGCCCGGCCUAUGAGGCCGUGAGAAAAAUGGAACACUCCCGCAUCAAGACCAAAGAUGCGGAUGGCAACCCCACCGACAAGGGCUUAAAGGCUUUUCUUGAUGCCUUGAGGACGGCAAUUGCAGCAGUGAAGCCCGUCCGCAUCAAUGAACUCUUCCUCACCGCCUUCUACAGCCCACAGGUUUGGAGGAGACCUCAAGAGUCCAUGCAGCAGUACAUCAUCCGCCGAGAACAGGAUUUUCGACGACUUGAAGAAGCUGGAGGUGGCACUUCUGUUCCUCGCAGCUUGAGGGCGAUGAUGCUGCUGCUCUUCGGUGGCCUGAGUCAGCAAGAGCAGGUUUCAGUUUUGAGCUCGGUGAACAACGAGUACGACUUCGACAAGAUCGCCAAUGCCAUGAGGAUUCAGUUCCCACAGGCCAAUGGCAAGCCGGUUCACCGACGUGAUUUCCUCGGCUGCGGUCGCAGCCCUGCUGCUCGUGACUCAGGAAUCCUCUUCCGGAAGGGCUACAAGCCAGGGAAAGCAGAGGCCUUUUGGGAAGAUGAGACAUGGGACACCUUGGUCCAAGAUCUGCCCGACCUCGAGGGCAAUGAAGAGGUAGCUGAAGCUCUUGCCACCUCCCUGCCAUUCAAGGCAUCAGGUGACAUCUCCUUUGACGCCAAGGCCAAAGAGAACCGGAACACAGCUGUGAAGUUUUUAGAAGUCAGCAAGACCACCUUCUUUGUCUUGCACGACAGCUUGGAGUCCGACGAUGAGAAGGACAUCAAUGCGACUUUCACUGGCCUUGCAUCCACUGAGAAUGACGUGGCCUUUGAGUACCACAAAGCCCCUGUCGAGCAUGAGGUCUCAUCGAAUGCCUCAGUCUCCAAGUAUGACCAAAUGCCAAAGAACCUCAACUCCUCUCAGUAUGAGCAAGUCCCUGCGGAUGAGAAGACUCUCAAGUAUGCGCCAGGCAUCGUUUUGGAUGAGCCCAAUGACAAGCAUGAACCAGAAGUUGCUCCCACUGGUUCUGGCACCUACAUCCAGGACAAGAACACCAUCGAGCGCAACUACAAGGACGAUGGGCUUGCACCUGGAGCAUGUUUCACCUACAAUUCUCCUCCAGCACAUGAAGUGCUGAUGGUGCUGAAAGACACCCAGCUUUGCGAGCACAGCUCCUACUUUGGUGGAAAUGAACGUGAAUUCCAUCGAGGAGCCAACGGUCACACCCGUCACGUGACCUGCAAGGACAAAGAUUGCAACCAGACCAUCAUCGUCGCCAAGAGGAAAGACGCCACUCAACUUUGGCGCUACCUGGUGCAGAUCGCUCUGUGCACCAGAUGGGGAUCAGCAGCUCGAUCUCGUGAGCUCUUUGCAAGUGUCUGUCGAGUACGUGAUCAGGCCCUCAAGGACGAUGAAGAUCGACGAGCUUUACAGCCUCCACGCGGCUAUCCUCAUGUACCGACAACACCUGUCAGCCGCAGGUCAAAGGAGACUUCAUCACCUUCCUCACCGUCAACGGCAAGAAUCAUUCGACCUGAUGCACAGCAAGAGCCUCGUUUUUGGGCCUAUGGAGUGUUGAUCUCGCCAACAGUUGAUCUCCCUGCAUUUCCGCCCUUGGCAGAGGAUGACUAUGAUGUGCUGCAACCUCUUCCGAGUGAUGCUGCAAUCUUUGGCCCCGGAACUCCAUAUGAAGGAUACACCUACAUCCAGAUCGCUUCGUCAGUCGAGGCAUCAGUGUACUGCCAUCAGACCUUGAGAAUGGCACUUGAUGACCAGGCCAUGUCCCCGGAGACCUACCGCUUCGCCUUCUACCUGUUUGGUCGUGUCCGUCUCCUACAUGGAUGUGCUAUGAGGACAUGGAAGGCUGGCAUCACUUCUCCCUUGAAGAGGAACACUGAUCCCGACGACAUGGUGGCCCACAGGUGCAUCCGAGUUCCGAUCUGCAUGCAUGAAGGGCAUCCCGAGAUGGCACAACCUCACGACUUUGAGGUGCUCAUGGUCAACCAGGACAUCAGCGAUCAUGAACGACUUGAUCUUGAGACAACCUACACCACGAGCUCCCAGGAUCCACCUGGACUUGCCAUCCUAGACUCAGGAUGUACCCGAACCAUGCAUGGCACCGAUUGGGCAAAAGCGUUCGAAGAAGAGCUCGAGAAGCUCAACUUGUCACCACGCAGACGCCUCAAGAAGCAGUCGUUCAAGGGUGUUGGAGGCCAAAUUGCAAGUGACACAGUCAAGAUCUUUCCGGUCGGCAUCAACAAGGAGCUGCAGACCGUGAUCAAUAUUGGUGCAUGCACCGUGAGCUUCAACAAGAUCGGUGUCACUGACCUCCCAUUGGUCAAGACCUCACGCGGUCAUUUGGCAGUGAGCCUCCUGGACUUUGACAUGGACUCUUUUCAAGAUUGCUCCCCAGAGCAUGCAACCGAACCUGAGGAGACGCUCACAGCACAGGAGGUCGGCUACCACUCUCCCACUCAGUCUGAGUUUGCUGAGGCCAAUGAUCCCGACAUGGUCCAUGACUACCACGGCAUGAACCCCGACGACUACCACGAUGAAAUGAUGGCCCGUGAUCUGUUCCUGGAAGAAGCUCGUGGCAUCCGCCGGCAGCUUGAAGCCGAGGGCAUUGAUCUGUCACACCAGGACCCCAUGAAUCAAGGGUUCAUCUGUGAGGACGUCCACUUCAUUGACGACAACCCUGACCAGUUCCUCGUUCGCAAGGCCACCAACAAGAAGAGCAAGAAGAUUGACUCUUGGAUUGAUGCCGUAAAUGGUCAAGACUGGCAUCAGAGGCAAUUGCUCUCCGGCAGCUUCAAGAAGGUCAAGCACAAGCCACCCUAUGGCAAGACAUGGCUUAAGCAGCUCUUUGCUGGCCAGAUGGGACUUUCCUUGUUGGCCAUCAUUGUUGGACUCUCCAUCGGCAUCCCUCUGGACUCAUCUACAUCGAUGUGGGAUGCGAACACCUCCAGUGGCUACAAGAGAGUCUGCCAUGAUCUCCAAGUUGAAGAUCCCUACCUGACGGUGAUCACACAAGCAUGCGGCCCAUGGGGCAAUUGGAGCAACUUCAACUUAGCCAAAGGUGGCCAGGCCGCCAUGACGGUCAUGGAUCUUCGAGAGAGCAAUCGCCAGACCCUCGCCCUCGUCAACAAGAUCGUCAAGGAUCGGGUGCGUGCCAAAAGACACAUCUUCAUUGAACAGCCUCUCGGAUCAACUUGGUUGAAACAACCGGAGUGCUCGGACAUCCUCCGCCUGAUCCAAGAAGGCAUCCUCCUGGUCUUGCGCGUUGAUGGUUGCUGCGUUGGUUACAAGGACCUUGAGAGCGGUUUGCCCAACAAGAAGCCUUCGCUCUAUGUCACCACCUUUUUGGCAGCUGAAGGUAUUUUCCAAGGCCUACUUUGUGAUGGUUCACAUCAACAUGAACACCUUGAGGGCAACAACAGAUAUGGCUCCAGAACCGCACAGGCAUCAGUCUGGCCUGACCGACUCAACGAACAGGCUUCUGCAGAGUCAACAGCAGCACACAACAUCUCCGAGGCCUUUCCUUCUGAAGUUCGACCAGCUGAACAACCAGCCGAAGGACAUGAACCAAAACGGAGAAGAAGAAAGGGAAGAGUGUCUCAGUUGACCAGUCAAUAUGGUGCACCACCUGUCUACUUGCGCCCAAGUCAACCUGCACUACCAGAUGCAGCUCCAGUUCCUGCGCUACCUGACAUUGAUGAACAAGAACCAGUACAAGAUGAUGCAUCUCUACGAGCAUCUCAGGUGGCACAACUGGACCCCGUCCUCAACAUCACAGAGGGCGAGAGGCGCAGAAGGUGGCUCACCAUCUCACCAGAGAUCAGAAAGAUCCUCCGAGACCUGCAUGUCCAGUUCGGACAUCCCACGAACACCACACUUCAGCGGAUUCUUCGUCGGCAAGGAGCCGUUCCUGAAGCUCUACAAGGUGCUGAUCUUUUGAGUUGUGACGCCUGUGGCGACAGCAUCCGGCGAAGAAGGCCAAAGCCAGUUCGGCUUCCCACCAAGUAUGUCUUCAACCACCAUCUCCAGAUAGACGUUUUCUACGCCAGAGAUGUGACUGGUGCUUCGUUCUCCUUCCUCAACAUCGUUGAUGACGCCAGCUACCAGGUCGUGUCGUGCUUGGGACAAUCAACUGGUCCGCCCGCAUCUCAAGCGGUUCUCCGACACUUCUUGACUUCCUGGAGCUCUUGGGCAGGACUACCUCAGUCCAUACAAGUUGAUAGAGGCAAGGAGUACCUGGCCUACUUCAGUGACUACCUCAAGGAGUAUGGUGUGGAACAAGAAACUGUUCCUCUUGAGGCACCUUGGCAGAACGGGAAAGUUGAGCGAGCUGGCGCUCUAUGGAAGGAAGUUUUCUUCAAGACCGUGCACGAGAUGCAGCUUCAAGGGCUUGAGGACGUGAUCACAGCCACGACGAUUGUCACUCAAGUUCGAAACUCCCUUCCUCGAUCCAAUGGCUUCUCGCCUGCACAAUGGGUCCUUGGAGUCUCUGAGAUCCGCAUUCCGGGAUCACUACUACAAGAAGAUGAAGCACAGAGGCUUGAACUGCUCGAGGCAGCCAAUGACCCAACUUCUGCCUUUGCCCGAUCACUCGGUAUCCGAGAGAGCGCUCGCGUGGCCCAGAUCCGUUUGGACAAUGACUCUCGUGUUCGACGAGCCCUACUACAUCAAUCCACGCCUACAAGAGGCCCAUAUCCGAUUGGGAGCUAUGUCUACUUCUACCGUGCACAAGGAUCAACAGCUCACCAAUCUCGAGGGCACGCUCGAAACUACAGAUGGUUUGGCCCCGCUCGUGUGAUCGGCAUUGAAGCAAGAAACCAAAGAAGAGCUGAAGAUCCAGAACCUCUCACUGAAGGUUCGCAAGUGAAGAUGAACUACUUGCUGCACAUCUCCUUCCAGAAGAGAUCAUGCACCCUGCUGCCGUUCGUGGAGCGCGAAACUACACUGACCUCAGAGGGCACAUCGCAGUACCUCUCCAAGAUCAAGCACCUGCAUUGCAGUUUAGCCCAGAAGGCAGUGGCGGCGCAUCAUCAGCCAGCCGACCUGCCCCUGCAGCAAGUGCCCCUGGUCAGCAACCGGAACAAGUGCCACCAGACCCUCAAGUACCAAUGCUACAGCAGCCACUUCCAACGCUGCAGAGCGCACUUGAUGCCGUGA